ACAAAAUAUAAUGGCCAACAAAUUUCCUUCUGUGUUUCAUUUCUGUACUGUCUUUGUGUUUUUUGUGUCCUUUUUUCGAGCAUCAAGUGCGGGUAGCUAUAAUGUGAUCAGUUUUGGUGCCAAGUCUGAUGGGCGAACGGACUCCACUGUGGCUUUUCUCAAGGCUUGGGCGUCUGCUUGCAAUUCUGCAGCAGCAUCUUCUUUGUAUGUCCCUAAAGGAAACUUCUUGCUCAAAGCCAUCGUCUUCAAAGGCCCUUGUAGGAACCAGAUUACGUUUCAGAUAGACGGAACGCUUGUCGCACUGCCGGACUACCGCGGUCUUGGAAAUUCUGCAUCUUGGAUUUUGUUCUCCAAAGUUAAUAAAGUCUCUGUCCUCGGUGGAACUCUCGAUGCCAAGGGUGCUGCUUACUGGGCCUGCAAGAGAUCUGGGAAGAAUUGCCCCGUUGGAGCUCCGUCGAUGACAUUCAAUUGGGCAAACAACAUUGUGAUCAGUGGGUUAACUUCGAUCAACAGCCGACAAACUCAUAUCGUAAUCAAUGGAUGUAGGAAGGUGUUGGUUGAAAAUGUAAAGGUUAUAGCGCCAGAUCAGAGCCCAAAUACUGAUGGGAUUCAUGUCCAAUCUGCCACCGAUGUUACCAUCGCUGGCAGCACCAUGCAAACUGGAGACGAUUGCAUAUCGAUUGGUGCAGGAACCUACAAUUUGCUCAUGACUAAUCUCAAAUGUGGACCUGGCCAUGGUGUAAGCAUUGGAAGCUUGGGAAAGGAGUUCAAUGAAGAUGGAGUACAAAACAUAACGCUAAAGAACACAAUAUUUACUGGAUCAGACAACGGCAUAAGGAUAAAAACAUGGGCAAGACCAAGCAAAGGCUUUGUUAGGAACAUUCUCUUCGACAACAUUAUUAUGAACAACGUUGAGAAUCCAAUCCUGAUCGAUCAAAAUUAUUGCCCCGAUAACAAGGGUUGCCCUAUGCAGAACUCAGGCGUGAAGAUCAGCCGAGUGACGUAUAGGAACAUUCGAGGAACAUCGGCGACACGAGAAGCAGUAACGUUUGAUUGCAGUUCUACCAAUCCAUGCACAGAGAUAAAACUGCAAGACAUAAAACUUCUGUAUAAUAAGAAACCGGCCGCGUCUUCAUGCAGGAAUGUUGGUGGAUCCACCAGCGGAAUAUUGGUGCCUGAGAGCUGCUUGUAGCAAAUAUUAAAGUUUGCAUGGUUUAGUGCGUUACAUGGCCAUUUUUAAGAUAUUUUUAGUUGUGCAAUUGGAUAUUAUAAAAUAGAUAAGGAAGAAAUAUAAGCAGAUUUGUGGAUAUUUAUAUAUAUAAUAGAUGUUCCCAUGCAAGGGCACACCUAGGAAGGAUAACCUUUUUCUUUUUUUAUUCUUGUAAAAUUUGGGGCUGGUGACUUGAUUUUCUAUGAUAUAAUUUGUAGAACUUAUGUGAAAAUUAAUGGCAAAAUAUAGCA